AUGGGAGGUUGUAUCGAUCCCACAGUGACGGAAGAAUAUCUCAAGGAAGCAUGCGGCAGAGUGGGGAACACCGAGGCUCCUGGCCUUGAUGGAAUCCCCAACAUCGCAUUGAAAGGAGCGAUUAAUGCAGCACCAGGACAAUUCUUGGAUGGGGAGAAACCACCGGACGAACCUUCAUCUGAUCGCCCCCUCUGCGUGCCAGAUACAGCCGGGAAAAUUAACGAGAGUAUCAUGCACCAGAGGAUAGAAGCAGUAGUAGAGCCAUUGCUAGCCGCCAACCAAUACGGCUUCAGGAGAGGUCGCACCACAUUCGAUGCUAUUGAUCUUGUAGUCAGCACCGCCAGGGAGGCGAUCUCGGGGACUCGAUUGAAAGGAAGGAUAAAGAAGUACUGUCUAGUGACAACACUGGAUAUAAAGAACGCCUUCAACUCAGCCAAGUGGGAUUGUAUUAUGGAGGCCCUUGACAGGAUGAACGUACCAGGAUACCUGCCAAGGAUGGUAGAAAGCUACUUUCCUGAUAAAAUCCUCAUGUAUGAUACCGAGACGGGCCCCAAAGAGUACAGAGUUACCGGGGGAGUAUUCCAGGACUCUGUCCUGGGCUCUCUUGUGGAACAUCAUAUAUGUCGGUGGAUGAAUACAGUUGACUUGAAACUACCGGAACAUAAGACGGAAGCUGUACUUAUAACAACCAGGAAGCGUGUGGAGACGAUCAAGCUGCAAGUCGGCAAAUACAAGCUCACAUCUCAGCCGUUCACCUGGUACUUGGGAGGGAUAAUCGAUAUCCGACUAAGCUUCAAGGAGCAGGCAGAGCACGCGAGUUCCAAGGCGUCUCGAGUCAGAAUGGCCUUAUCCCGGCUAAUGCCUAAUGUGGGUGGACCUAAGCAGAGGAGAAAAGCCCUUCUAUCAUCGGUGGUCACAUCGGUGAUUACUUAUGGCAUUGCUAUAUGGGCCAACGCGUUGCUGAUGCAGGAAUCACGACGGAGAGUAGCACUAGUUUAUCGGCUGAGUGCCCUCAGAGUUGCCAGCGCAUACUGCCCUGUGUCCGAGGACGCAAUGUGUGUCAUCGCUGGGAUGCUGCCCCUUGAAGUACUCGCUGAAGAACGAAGAUCCAUCUACCGACAGAGGCGAUAG